AACAAACCCGACUGACUUGUGUACAUAAUUUUGUGUAUAGUAUUAUUCUAGACUAUUUUGCGAUCUCCCAGUAUUUUGGGCACUAGGUAACACAGUGUUGUAUAGUUGGAAAGCGUACUAUUAAUUGUCAGAAACACUGGCCUUGGUACUCAUUAAGUUUCAAGCGGCGCUUCACAGAGCGAGUUGUGUUUGUUUACUUUGUCCAUUCUUAUCUGUACUGAUAAAUCGGUGCAAGAUAUCGCGACCAAAUUCAUUCCAUGUGCAUUUGUAAACGCGCUUAAUUCCAUCGUACUCUUGUGACUUAAUUAAAAAAGUGAAAUAAAAAAUGGGUGUGUUUUGCCAAAUUAACUUGAAACAACCACCAGACGGCGUUUACCAUGGAGGAGAUCAAGUAUCAGGGAUGGUCAAGUAUGGAGUGGACGAACCUAUGGAUGUUGAGAAGAUAACUAUAUCAUUAAAGGGAAUGGGGCGAGUGAUACUUAUUAAGAAAAGUGGAAAAAAUAGUAGAAGAUUUGAUGGCAAGGAAGUUUAUGUAGAUACAGACCAUAUAUUACCCAAUGGCAAUUGUACGCUGAAGGGAAGUUACGAGGUACCAUUUUACUUCAGAUUACCCGAAAAGAUACCGAGCUCUAUAGAAUACACGAAGCGUCAAAGUCCAUUCCGUGUUAAAUGUUACAUCAAAUAUUAUAUUCGACUGAAAUUCGAAAAGCCAGGCUGGUUUUCUUUCGAUAAUCAUUUCCGAAAGAAAAUUACCGUAGCUUCCCCUGUUGCCCCUGAGAUGUCCAUGGAACCUAUUAUGUAUGGCGAAAGAAGCCAGCUACUGCAGCUGUUCUCAAGCAAAACCAGCACUUUGAUAAUGAAAGCAGAAAUCCUCAGCUCCGUAGUUCCAAAAGGUGGUAAAAUUGAAAUAAAAUCUGAGAUAAAAAAUGAUACUAAUAUCGUUGUGAAUGGAGUGAAAAUUCAAUUGCUGGAGGUUAUUAAAGUGAAACCAAACGGGCACGGUGAAGUGAAAUUUUAUGACGAAAUACCUGAAUGUGAGAGUAAGACAGGUACUAUCCAACCUGAAGCGACUCAAAUCAUGCCAAUUGAUAUAAUAGUCCCUCCAAAUAAAAUAUCUUUACAAAAUUCUGAUAUAAUUUCUCGAGAUUUUGUUGUUAGAAUAACAACAGAUCUACCGAUGCCUCAUAGAGAUGUGGUUCUAGAGAUUCCAGUACAGAUAGGUGAUUAUUUUGUGCGAAAUAAUCCACCACAGGAAUUACAGGACAAAAAUUGGCCACCAGGGGUUGGUGACGGGGCAUCUGCUUCAGCAAGCGCAGAUGAUCCUCCUCCCACAUAUUGGGAGGCAAUGGGCGAAGGAAAGAAAGAUGACGAGUCGAGUAGCGAUGAUGACAGCGAUGAUGAAAAAGGAAAGAAGUCCUAAGGUAGAACGUAUUAAGUGUCAGUUUUAAUUUAAAAGUUGAAAUAGGGUAAUGUUGUGACCUAUUUUUAACUGCGUGCUUUUUAAAUUGUGCCUAAAUUUGUACUUGAGAUAAUAAUUAUAAGUCUGGUUGUAAUCUUGUCGAUGUCGAUGAUUUGUCUUUUAUAAGACCCUUCUUUUGCAAUACUUAAAAAGGGAACAGUAAAGUCAAACGCAUUUUAAUAUUAUUUUUUUACUUAAGUAUACUAGUAUAGGUGGAAUUGUAUUUGGAAUGCGGAAUGUUCUCGAAGUUGUUUCUUAAAUUGCUUCGUUACGUAACAUGCUGUAUUAUUACGUGCAUUUAAUUUUGAUUGUCUGUCUCGAUAGAAGAAUUGCGUGCGCGGCUAUAAAAUGCUUGUUGAUUGAUUGAAAGAAUGAAAUAUGUUAUAAAAUAUUUUGUUUUCGUUUUUAAUAUGAUUAAAAUUAUAAUUACUUGAAAUACUUAAUCACAUUUGUAAUUCAUUUCAUUU